GGGAGGAGUACAAAAGAUGUCUUGUUGAAGAGAGAAGGCCACGGCACGAGAAGAGCUCUCUUAAAUAUCCAUCCUCUCUCCUCCUCCUCCUCAAAUGGCGGUCACUCGCCGAUCAAUCAUUUAGCCGACGGAAACAACUCUCUCUCUUCGAUUCUCGAUUGUUACGGAGACGAUGAGUCUGGUGGUUGGUGUGCCUGUCGGUUUAUCGCUUGUUGGCGAUGGUGUUCCGUUGCACAGUUGGAGAAGACGCGGCAGAAAAUUUCCGCUUUUGAUGGUCAAUAGGAGAAGGUUGGCUCGAGCGGCUCUGGUCGAGGCUAGGCCUAGGGGGGACGGAGGUGCGGCCUCAACUCCCUCGCCGGCGUCGGCGGUUGUGCCGUACCGGCGAGCGGAUCUCGCCGAUGACCUCCAAGCGGAGGCGAGAGCCUUGUCUCGUGCCGUUGAUGCUUCUAUUUAUUCUCCCGACCUUCUCGCCGCGAAAUACGGCUCCAAGCCCCUGAAGGCUUUGCGUAGAAGCUUGGAGAUUUUGGUAGCUUUGGGUGGUUUCGCGCUGAAUUUGGGGAUUGAUCAAAGGAACGGGAAGCUGCAGCAGAACAUGAGGAAGAGAGCUGGUGAGCUGAGACGGAUUUUCACUCGUUUGGGUCCUACUUUUGUCAAAUUGGGUCAGGGAUUGUCAACUCGACCCGAUCUCUGCCCACCCGAAUAUCUCAAAGAACUGGCAGAGCUUCAGGAUGCUUUGCCAACUUUCCCUGACGCGGAGGCAUUUUCAUGCAUCGAGAAAGAGUUGGGUUUGUCUAUUGAGUCCAUUUUCUCGUCUAUUUCUGCUGCACCAAUUGCAGCAGCUAGUCUUGGCCAAGUUUAUAAAGCCCAGCUGAAGUACUCGGGUCAGGUUGUAGCUGUGAAAGUUCAGCGCCCUGGAAUUGAAGAAGCCAUCGGGCUUGACUUUUAUCUCAUUAGAGGUGUUGGGAUUCUCAUAAACAAGUAUGUAGACUUCAUCACGAGUGAUGUUGUGGCCCUCGUAGAUGAAUUUGCCGGCAGGGUUUAUCAGGAGCUAAAUUAUGUCCAGGAGGCACAGAAUGCUAGAAGGUUCAAGAAACUGUACGCUGAUAAAGCAGAUGUUCUUGUGCCUGACAUAUUCUGGGAUUAUACGAGCCGCAAAGUGCUAACAAUGGAAUGGGUCGAUGGGACUAAAUUGAACGAGCAAGAUGCCAUUGAGAGUCAAGGUUUGAAGGUUUUGGACCUUGUCAAUACAGGUAUUCAGUGUAGCCUAAGGCAACUCCUGGAGUACGGCUUUUUCCAUGCUGAUCCUCAUCCUGGCAACCUCUUGGCAACACCUGAUGGAAAACUCGCCUUUCUUGACUUUGGCAUGAUGAGCGAGACACCGGAGGAGGCUAGAUUUGCUAUCAUUGGCCACGUUGUGCACUUAGUUAACCGUGAUUAUGAAGCAAUGGCCCGUGAUUAUUAUGCUUUGAAGUUCUUGUCUCCAGAUGUGGACGUUUCUCCUAUCGUCCCAGCACUGCAGAACUUCUUUGAUGAUGCUCUUACUUAUACCGUCAGCGAGCUCAAUUUUAAGACACUGGUUGAUGGUUUAGGUUCCGUUUUCUAUCAGUAUCCCUUUAAUGUCCCAGCCUACUACGCGUUGAUUCUGAGAUCUCUUACCGUGCUUGAAGGUUUGGCCCUUUAUGCAGAUCCUAAUUUUAAAGUGCUGGCUGCUUCGUAUCCGUAUUUUGCCAAAAGGCUUCUCACAGACCCAAACCCUUAUCUAAGGGAUGCUCUUAUCGAGCUGCUGUUCAAGGAUGGAAAAUUUCGGUGGAACAGACUUGAAAACCUUUUACAACAGGGAAGCAAAGACAGGGAUUUCUCGGCGAAAGAUGCUUUACAGCCUGUUCUGAAGCUGCUUCUGGAUCCAAAUGGUGAGGAGCUUAGGGUGUUGGUAAUCAAAGAGGCUGUCCGGGUUAGCGAAGCUGUUGCUCUGGGCACGGUUGUUGAUACAUACAAUUCCAUUCCCAAGUUUUUGAGGUCUCUGGUCUUUAACGGGAAUGGAAACGGUCCUCUGGUUAUGAGUAGCUCUGAAAUCCAAAGCAUGUUAGAACUUCGGGAUCAGGUCUAUAGGAUCUGGGGGCUUCUUCGUUCUUCUGAAAACUUUGAUCCAGCUCUGUUGCAGCCUAUAUUACAGGUUUUGCAACAAGCGGAGGCAAGAAACCUUGGAGGACGGGUGGUGGGUGGCGUCGGCCAACGUCUUGCAGCUCGGUUUCUGCAACAACUACUUCGAGCCACAACACCAUCAUCUUCUUCCUCACCAAUCUCAUAGGCCUUUCUCUUUUUUCUUCCCACUGGAUGGUAAAAUGUUCUAAGGCAGAACACACUCGAAAACCACAGAAUUGCUUCAUACUCUAGUGAUAGGUAUAUCAUUCUUUGUCUGUUUGUAACCACCAUGGACCUUGUAAACCUCCAGAAAUGUGUCCAAGUGAAACCAUUUACAGAAGCAAAGUCUGACCA